AUGGACGUAAUGGAAUCCGCGAUAACGGAAGCACGUGCAUGGGCUGCGGCCCAAACGGUAGCUGCAACGGUGCACUUUGAUAUUUCCACACAUCCCGGGCCCGUCCUGUUGGGUGAGUGGUGUCAGAUUGAUGGCGCAUGGAAAGUGAUGGAGUCUCGGGUAGGACUUGGGUGGUACAAUUUUGAUCCGGAAUCGGGCUCAACCUUGGUUGGAUCCAGUACUAUAAGGCGGGGGUUAUCUCCCCUACAGACGGAAUUGGAGGCAUUGGUUUGGGCUAUGCAAGUUAUGUUAGCCCAUAACAAACAACGGAUGAAUUUCCAAACAGAUUGUGCUCAGUUGGUGAAGAUGGUGUCCAAACUGGCAGAGUGGUCAGCUUUUGAGAUUUUGUUUGAAGAAAUGGAGAAAUGCAGAAGGAUGUUUCAGGCGUUCCCUUACACACAUCCCCAGAUCACAAAACACGAAGGCAGACAAGCUAGCACGGAGUGA